AACCGGAGCAUGGAGGCGUGAUCAAGCGCGCUGCAGAACGACGCACCGCUAGUGACCAACUCGCGCUGCAGCACGACGCACCGCUAGAAUCGCACAGCAUCCGUCGAUGCGCUGCGCCGUCUACGAUGCGCUGGCGCCGUCGGGCAUCAAGCUCACGACGCUCGCCGCGCCGACGGGCUCGUCUGCGAAGACCUUCUACCGGCGCGGCGCGAUCCUCUGCGACGUCGUCGCCGCGGGCGUGAACCCCGUCGACGCCAAGUACCUCGUCGGCGACAAGGUGCCCGAGUCGUGGAUGGGCUGGGCCGCGCGGCGCGUCGACGGGUCGACGCCGUGCUUCGACUUCUCGGGCGUCGUCGUCGACGCGCCAAAGGGCUCCGGCUACGAGGCGGGCGACGAGGUCUACGGCUUCGCCGCGGACCCGGCGUCCGUGCUCCGGGGCCCCAUGAAGGGGUCGCUCGCGGAGCGCGUGCGGGCGCCGGUCGACCAGAUCUGCCGGAAGCCGAAGUCGCUGAGCCACGUCGAGGCCGCGGCGCUGCCCCUCGUCGGCACGACGGCGCUCCAGGCCUUCCAGCAGCACGGCCUCGCCGCGGGCCACAGCGUGCUCGUCGUCGGCGCGUCCGGCGGCGUGGGCCACGCGGCGGUCCAGGUCGCGAAGGCGCGGGGCGCGCGCGUCGUCGGCGUCUGCUCGUCGCGCAACGUCGACUUCGUCGCGGGCCUCGGCGCGGACGUCGUCCUCGACUACGCGGCGGGCGACGUCUUCGACGCGAUCAAACAGGAGGCGCCCUUCGAUAUUAUUUUUGACUGCGUGAGCUCCGCGGACGCGCGGGACAGCGGCGCGGGCUACCACGCCAAGCUCGAGGGCGCCGUCGCCGCGGGCGGGUCCUACGUCGUCUUCGGCGGGGCGACGAAGGACUGGCUCAAGGCGGGCCUCAAGCGCGUCGCGAGGGUCAACCUGUUCGGGUCGAUGGAGCUCUUCUGGAUCAAGAUGCCGUUCGCCGCUUCCGCGCUCGAGGCGCUCGCGGCCUUGGCGGACAAGGGCGAGCUCAAGGUCAAGGUCCAGGCCGUCCUGCCCUUCACCGACGCCGGCUGCCGCGAGGCCUUCGACACGCUCCGCGGCCGGCGCACCGUCGGCAAGCUCGUCGUCGACGUCGCGGGGACGCACGAAGCGACCUAACACAGUUUUUAG